CCACAAUUCUUGCUCUUCUGUUUCGUCAAGGUUUUUCAGGUUCACAUACUACUACCCGCUGGAAAUUUCCACCAGGCCGUUCUUGUGUGCCAGAAUGAAGUUUCUUUGCAUUCACGGCAAUGGGACCAACAGCAACGUCAUGGAGCUGCAGAUAGCGCCCCUGAGACAUGAGCUCGAAGACCAUGACGGGGGCCAUGAAUACGAGUUUGUUGAAGCGAUUUGGGAGGCACCCAUGGCGGAAGGCAUCGAGGGCAUAUCCUCCAAAGACCGCUCAUUCUACUCCUUUUACAACCCUAAGGAUCUCACAACUCUUCGUCAGUCUCUCCAUCUCCUGGAUCACUAUGUCGCCACCGGGGGCCCCUUCGAUGCCGUCAUGGGCUUCUCCGCCGGUGCCGUCCUCGCCGCCCUGUAUUUGGCCGAGAAGCAGCAGCAGUGCGGCGCCCUACCCUUCAAAUGUGGCGUGUUCCUGUCCAGUGCCGUGAGCGCUGCUGAGAUCAGCUACCUGGGCAUGGAGGCACAGGCCAUCACGAUUCAACUCCCCACCGCGCAUAUUUGGGGUUCCAACGAUCUCGUUGCGCCGAGCGGCGGCGAGGAUAUUUCCAGGCUUUUCGACCCCGCCCUGCGUCAAACCCUCGUUCAUGAUGGAGGGCACGAGCUUCCUCGUCGCCAUUAUCUAACCGAGGCCGGCCAUGUUAUUCGCAGAACUAUGCAGUUAGCUAGCACAUAAAGCCAACCGGUGUCCAGCAAAUCGCCCUGGAGCCGGCCCCUCGCUCCGCCAGUGGCUAGGCUCCAAGCUUAUCCACCUCUGAGUCCAAUCAGGGGCUUCGUAUCUCCCCGGUGGGUUUUUUGAGGGUUGCGCAGGGAUGGGAGGGGCGGCCCAAGGCAUGGAAGGCUGGAAGCUUUGGAUUGGAU